AUGAAACAAGUUGUUGCUCAAAACGACAAUGUGUCUCAGGUCUCCUUUUGGAAGAAGCUGUUCACCAAAGAAGAUAGCAGACACCUCCAUAAAACGCUAGGCAUGCUAUGCUUGGCUUCCUUUGCCUGGAGGAUUGUGUAUGGCAUCACAAUCAACAACUCUGACAUGGCUUUUGUUUCCUAUCCUAAAUUGACUGUUCCAACUAUUCUGCUGCACCUUUUACUCAAUCUGAGUUCCUUUGAAUUCAGAAUCCCUGAACGCCGUAUCAACACGGGCUACAGAAUUUGGCCAGAGUACAGGCUGCAUUCUCUAGUUUUCCUAUGCCACUCAUUGGCUUUCCCUCUGUUGCAGUACUGUGAAAACCUGAAUGGCCUUCCUCCCAACUAUCUUUGGAACGUUGCCAUUGUUCUGGCGUGUCUCACUGCGGCAGACAUUGCAUCGGCAUCGACAAUUUUCAUGGUGCAGCUGUGCAGCUGCUUGUCUAUAUGGUGGCACCAGUACCGUCGCACGUCGCUCUGGUGCACUUUUGAUACAUGCCUUCGUCAUUCAAAUGAAUGCAUUCCUCAUGACACUCAGGCGAAAAACCUUCUUUCACAUGAAGCUGGAAUUGCUGUGUAUGCUUGCAUGCUUGGAGUCGGGUUCCUGACUGCAGUUUGGGUUAGCAUCAGGGAUACAUCAGAGGGACCGGAAACUCCCCAGGCCAUCAAUCUUGUUGGCAAUGUUGCUGCAAUGCUUCGCCUUGGUCUUGGCAUGAACAAGUAUGUCCUCUGGACCGCAAUAGGUGUGGCUGUCAAUGUGGUCAUUCGUCCUGCCAUGCAGGGACAGAGCAACGGUUUGGUGUCCAAGGAGUUGCUGAACAUGGCCAAUCCUAUAUCAACAGUGGUGCUGCUCUUCUUGGGGUUUUACAAGGCUGGUAUGCUCCCAAGAUUGUCGAUGGUGGUCCAAGCAAACCCUUCAAAGAAGGCAGCUUGA